AUGUUACCAGUCAGCUCGGGUAAUUCAGACAACUCUGGUUUAAUCAUCUAUUACCAGAAUAUCGGGGGCAUGAACGGUGUUAUUACUGAAUACAAUUUGGCAAUUUCUGACAACGUUUAUGACAUGUAUGUAUUCACUGAAACUUGGCUAAACAGUAAUACUUUAUCAAAACAAAUUUUUGGUAGCUCGGUAUACAGGCAAGAUCGAAACAAUGAUAAUAGUAGCAAACAGAGUGGUAGGGGCGUACUGAUCGCCUGCAGCACAAAAUUCAAAUCCCGUCUGGUGUCUCUUUCUAACUGCGGUAGCAUUGAGCAAACCUGGAUCGCUCUCACACUUACACACUGUACACUGUAUAUUUGUGUGCUUUACAUUCCACCUGAUCGCGUUAACGAUGCCGAUCUAAUUGAUCAACCUUUGCAUUCUCUUUCAUUGAUCACUGAUCAAAUUGGUUUCAAUGAUAGGAUAAUUAUAUUAGGCGACUUCAAUCUCCCUGGUAUCAAAUGGGUCCGCAGCUCUUCAAAUUAUUUAUAUCCUGAUGCAAAUAGUUCUACAAAAGCACCAGCUACUUCAAAACUCCUAGAUGAUUACAACACUGGCGGUCUAGUUCAAUUGAAUGAUAAUAGAAACAGUAACAAUCGCUUGCUAGAUCUAUGCUUUGCCAGUCAAGAGUUAUCGAAUACUUGUACCAUAACCGUUGCUCCUUCCCCGCUAGUUAAAACUUGUCGUCAUCAUCCUCCCCUUCUAAUGGCUAUUUCGGAAGGUACUCCCGCCGUUUUCAAUAAUGCCGACGAGACAACAUACUACGACUUCAGAAAUGGAAAAUUUGAUGCCAUGAAUCAAUUUCUGACAUCACUAAACUGGAGCUCUCUAUUAUCCAACUGCGACUACAACUCUGCAGCUAUGUUAUGGACGCACAUAACAUUAUAUGCUAUCGACCAGUUCGUACCAAAAAACACCCGUCGUGAACCAAUCCAUCCCCAAUGGUCCAAUCAAACUCUGAAAGGCUAUAAACGUGCCAAACGGUCCGCACUUAAGAAACUCACGAAGCAUCCCUCUCUUCAUUUAAGAGCGCAUUAUUUGCACCUUAACAACCGCUACAAGCGAUUGAAUAAAGCCCUCUAUUUUGCCUACCUUCGUCGCAUCCAGAAUAAUCUGAAAACUAACCCUAAAUGCUUCUGGAACCACGUCAACGAACAGAGAAAUGAAACUGGACUACCAACUCACAUGAUACUCGAUGACGUUCAAUCAUCUACUUUGCCCGACAUAUGCAGCUUAUUCCGAACGCACUUCAGCAGUGUUUUCACUGAAGAAACAUUAACCAAUGAACAGGUUUCUGAGGCUGCCAGAAACGUCCCUGUUCGUUCUGCAAUUGGAUCCCAUCCUAUUAUUACAUGUGACAUGGUAAGCACAGCAUGUUCUAAGCUAAAAUUAUCGUCAAACUCUGGUCCCGAUGGAAUUCCAUCUGUAGUACUGUUCUAG